GACGGCACGUUUCAGUUGCGAGCGGGGACGUCAUGGCGGCGCUUGCCAAGAACGGUCCCACUCCCUUCGAAGACGUAUUGGAGAGAACUGGCAAUGGUCUCUACAACUACCUGGUGGUGUCGGCGUGCGGGCUCAUCCUGCUGGCCAUCGGCAUGGACCUGUUCGGGUUCAGCCUGGUGGUGGUCGCCGCCUGUGACCUUCACGUCACCACCUCGCAGAAGGGCAUACUGACGUCGCUGCCUUUUAUAGGUAUACUCAUAGUGUCCUAUCCAUGGGGCUACAUAUCGGACACCAAGGGUCGGAAGUCGUCCCUCAUAGUGUCAGUGCUGGCGGGGUUCGCGCUAUCCAGCCUGGCCAGCCUGUCCCCCAACUGGAUCGUGCUGGGCCUCAUCAAGUUUCUGUCCGUUUGUUUCUCCUGCUCCGCGAACUCUGCCACUUACACCCUGGUGGGGGAGUCGUGUAUCCAGAGUGUGAGGAGCAAGUACAUGCUGCUCAUGACCUGCCUCAUCAUACUAUCUCCAGCUGCAGCUUCAGUGGUGGCGUAUCCAACGCUUCUUUUGAAUUUCGAAUACUACAUGCCUGCACUGGGCAUCACGUUCAAGGCUUGGCGCCUGCUGCUUAUAGUACUGUCGAUCCCGUCUCUGCUCGGUGGUAUAGCCAUCUGCUUCUGCCAUGAGUCACCCAAAUUCCUGGCUAAUGUGGGCAAAAAUGAGGAGGCUUUGGAGGUUCUGAAGUCAAUCUAUGCGACCAAUAAUGGAUGUUCUAAAGAGGAAUUAGGGGUAACAUCCCUAGUGUUAGAAGACGCCACAGUGCAUAAGAAGAUGUCGAUCAUGCGCACUAUGUACGAACAGAGCGCGCCGAUGUUCAGGAAACCUCUACUGUGGAAGACUGUACAACUGUAUUUUAUUGUCAGUGUCAUUUACGUAACCAAUAAUACUUUCCUGAUAUGGCUUCCUCAAAUACUGAAUCUAGUCAGACUGGAAUUGGAAAGGGAGCCCACCUCUGAAGGCAACGUAUGUACGCUGAUCGCCUACACAAACUCACCCGUUAACGCAACAGCAGGGAACGUUACAGUAGCGGAAAUCUGCAAGGGCACAGUCGAGGACAACGUCAUCAUUACUCUGGUGAUAUCGCAAUGCACGUACUCGUUCCUGAACUUCGUACUGUCUUACCUGAUGCGGUGGCGACGGAUAGUGCUGCUGAUCAUCCUCUGCCUGUCGUCCCUCAGCGGUCUGCUGUUGGGGCUGGUGCCGAACCCAGUGACGAGUGUUGUUCUCUUCGUCGUCUUCACCUGCACCUGCCUGGCUAUGGGCAUCAUGGCUAGUUAUUUUGUUGAAUUGUAUCCGACGUCUUGUAGGGGGAUGGUAGCCUGCCUUAGCAUCAUGGUGGGGAGGACCAGCACGUUCGUGGGGAUCAACGUCGCUGGGAACCUGAUAUUCACCCACUGUCAGGCGACGCUUAGCGUCUGGGCAUUGCUUGUACUUGGCAGCGCAGUAGCAGCCUGGUUUCUUCCGACAGACAGACCGAAGGUAUAGAAGAGAUAAUAGUUACUGUACGGAAAUAUUAAAUUGGGCUCACUAAUAGUGCCAUCUGGUUUUUGGAAGUCUGGGAUCGCAAUACGAUGAAUACAAUAGCUAAUAUAAAUAGGGAAAAACCCUUGCCGUAUAAUAAUAUAAAAUUAUUUUACGGCAAGGGU